AUGAGAUAUAAUCGGGGUGAAAGAUGUCGGGGUGAAGGCAGGGAUCUUAGCGUAGCUGAACGUGUAGCUGUGAAAACAAAAGGAUGUGGAUGUAGAGCAAGAAUUAAGAUAAUGUUUUUGGAUUAUCCUGAUCAAACAGGAUGGGUGAUCAAAGCAGAUCUAGGGAUAAGUGGCAUGCAUAAUCAUGAGUUCAUUCAUUAUCAUGAGGGCCACCGACCCAUUAUCGGCCUUAGUCCUGCGAUAGAGGUUUUCGCUCGCGAUAUGAUUAAGUCGCAUGUUAGGCUUGCUAGUAUCAUGAAAGCCGUUAAUGAGAAAUUUUACGAUGAUCAUCCAAAUAUGAGACUCUUGUACAACCUCAAGGAAAAGGAUAGAAUGGAAGCAAUGGAUGGUAGAGACGUGGUACAACAAUUCCUACACCUUGAUCAAGAGUACAACUACAUUUAUUGGAUAAGACAAGACGAGGAGACAAAUGUAAUGACACAGGCGUUCAUAGUGCACCCUCGUUACAACUGGGUGUUAGACAAGUUUAGGUUGCUUAUUGGGGUGAAGGUUGACCCUGUUACACUCAUAACUGACCGUGACUUGGGUCUUAUGAAAGCGGUACGAGAUGUGUUCCCUAACUCUGCACAUUUGAUGGGUUAUUUAGCGGUCAUUGAAUGCAUAAGAGAUAUUUACAGAUAUUGGCAUGGAACCAUCAAAUAUGUUGAAAUCACUUGGCUUGUGUACAAAGAGAAGUUUGUUCGGGCAUGGACGGACAUUGUUCUUCAUCUUGGGAAUACGUGCACUAGUCGAGUUGAAAGUGCACACUCAGCUCUGAAGUCUUGGGGUUUUAGUAGUGCAUGUGCAUUACACCAUAUUUUCUAUUUCUCAUAG